UGGAAAAGAAAAAUAAUACAAAGAAAGAAAUUUGAUGCCACUGAAGCUAUUAGAAAUAACCAGUCUAUCUGAAGGUCUUCUGUGGCCAGGGCCACGAAGAGAGAAUGUGUGAAGCCAUGGGUGAUUGGCCUCAUCACCUUUUUAUCCCUGAUUGUCCUGGCCGUGUGCAUUGGACUCAUUGUUCAUUAUGUGAGAUACAAUCAAAGGAAGACCUACAAUUACUAUAGUACAUUGUCAUUUACAAGUGACAAACUGUAUGAUGAUUUUGAAAGAGAGGCUUCUAAAAAUUUCACAGAAAUGAGCCAGAGAAUUGAAUCAAUGGUGAGAAAUGCAUUUAAUAAAUCUUCAUUGAGGGGAGAAUUCGUCAUGUCUCACAUUAUCAGAUUCAGUAAAGAGGUAAAUGGAGUGUUGGCUCACAUGCUGCUGAUUUUUAGAUUUCGCUCUACUGAGGAUCCUGAAACCAUAAAUAAAAUUAUUCAACGAGUUCUACAUGAAAAGCUGUAUGAUGCUGUAGGGCCCCCUAAAUUAGAUCCUGAAUCAGUUGAAAUAAAAACAUUUCUGUAUAUUUCAGAAAUCAACAAGACAGAAACGGACAACUUUCUAAACAAUUGUUGUGGGACUCGGAAGAAUAAAAGUACAAAACAGAGUGUCAGGAUUGUUGGUGGGACACAGGUUGAAGAGGGUGAAUGGCCAUGGCAAGUUAGCCUGCAACUGGAUGGGAUCCAUCGCUGUGGAGCAACUUUAAUUAAUGGCUCAUGGCUUGUGAGUGCUGCUCACUGCUUUAGAAUGUAUAAGGACCCAACCAGAUGGACUGCCUCCUUUGGAGUAACACUAUUUCCUUCUAAAAUGAAACAAGGCAUCCGGAGGGUAAUUGUGCAUGAAAAAUACAAAUAUCCAUCACACGACUAUGAUAUUUCAGUUGCAGAGCUUUCCAGCCCUGUUCCCUACACAAAUGCGGUACAUAGAGUUUGUCUCCCUGAUGCAUCCUAUGAGUUCCGCCCAGGUGAUGAGAUGUUUGUGACCGGAUUUGGAGCACUGCAAAAUGAUGGUGGCAGUCAAAAUCAUCUUCGGCAAGUGCAGGUGAAUCUCAUAGACACUGAAACCUGCAAUAAACCUCAAUCUUACAAUAAUACCAUAACUCCUAGGAUGUUAUGUGCUGGCUCCUUGGAAGGAAAAAGAGAUGCAUGCCAGGGUGACUCUGGAGGACCCCUGGUUAGUGCAGAUGCUAGAGACAUCUGGUACCUUGCUGGAAUAGUGAGCUGGGGAGAUGAAUGCGGGCAGCCCAAUAAGCCUGGUGUUUAUACUAGAGUGACUGCCCUCCGGGACUGGAUCGCUUCCCAAACUGGCAUCUAAAGGAGAAAAACUCAGUAGAAUGGAGUGCAUUUUUGUUUAUAGGCCAUUUUCAGAGAUAUGGAAUUACAGAAGAAGCUUUGCAGGUCACCUCGAUCUGACUGAAAAAUGAAACUGUCUGCUCGAUGCAUAAUUUCCUUCUAGCUCCACAUGUGAGCAUCCUGCUUCUUCCAGAUGGAUUCUGUCUCAACUUGCAUUCAUUUAUUUUACAAGUUUUCUGUCCUUGAUGCCUUGUUGACAUAAAAUUUCUCAUGCAUAUAUACAAUUU